UGCUUUGACAUUUCUUAGUUAAACAAAGUUUUAUCCUAGUAUCACACAGAAAAGUAGUCAACACGCUCCAUUCCUACGUCCGAAAUCGGGACAACCCAAAGCCCAGAUCAUUGUCUGAUCGCUAUCGAGUUUCCCUUUCUCCAAUUCCUUUGCAAUCUUCAAGAACACAGGAAUUCAAUUCCUUUCUCCUUGAUAAUCCCAUGUUCCAGUUUGUAGAUGUCAGCGAAGAAUUCCGAGACAAAUGAUUAAACCCAAGAAAUUCCUUCAGAAGCUUAUUAAAAUUUUCAAGUUUGGUUCGGGAAAAGGGAGAAAGAAUGAAGAGGACUUGCAGAAAAUAGCUGAACAGGAACAAAAGCACUUUCCUUUUGAGAUUUUGGUUGCUGCAACCAAGAAUUUCCACGCUACUCACAAGCUUGGUCAAGGAGGUUUUGGACCGGUGUUCAGGGGGAGGUUGAGUGAUGGGAGAGAAAUUGCUGUUAAGAAGCUAUCUCAGACCUCAAAUCAGGGGAAAAAAGAGUUCCAGAAUGAGGCUAAGUUGCUAGCACGUGUGCAACACCGAAAUGUUGUCAAUUUAUUGGGGUAUUGUGUGCACGGCACCGAGAAGCUAUUGGUUUAUGAGUAUGUUUCUAAUGAGAGUCUUGACAAGCUCCUCUUCAAAUCCAAUAGAAGACAAGAGCUUGACUGGAAGAGAAGGUUCGACAUAAUUUGUGGCAUUGCUCGGGGAUUGCUUUACCUUCACGAAGACUCACAUAAUUGCAUCAUCCACAGGGAUAUCAAGGCCAGCAACAUUUUACUUGAUGAAAAGUGGGUCCCUAAAAUUGCUGAUUUUGGCAUGGCCCGCCUCUUCCCCGAGGAUCAGACGCAUGUCAACACCCGGGUAGCUGGUACCAGUGGCUAUAUGGCACCAGAGUAUGUCAUGAAUGGUCAGUUAUCUGUGAAGGCAGACGUUUUCAGCUUUGGGGUUUUGGUUCUGGAGCUGAUUAGUGGCCAGAGAAACUCGACCUUCAGUUCGCAUUCUGAAUCACAAAGUCUACUGGAGUGGGUAUAUAAGCUCUACAAAAAAGGAAGGAGCUUGGAUAUGAUGGACUCUGCUAUAGUAGCAUCAGCAGUCCCGGAGCAAGUAGCUAUGUGCAUCCAAAUAGGAUUGCUGUGCACGCAAGGCGAUCCCCAAUUACGACCCACAAUGCGACGUGUAGUUGUGCUGCUAUCAAAGAAACCUGGGAAUUUAGAAGAGCCAACCAGGCCUGGGGUUCCAGGCUCGCGAUAUAGAAGAUCCCGCAGACCUCCUGCAUUGUCAUCCACUGCAGGAUCUUCUGGUGAAACUGAUUCUAGAACGUUUGAUCCAAGCCUUCAUACUAGUACAGCUUCUGCAUCUACAUCAACUGUUGUCAGCCCAAGAUCGGAUCCUUAUGGUAAGCGGCCGAUGCUGGGUUAGAUUUUUGGCUAAUUCUUUGUGUAUAGUAUAGAUAUAGAUGAGGUGACGUUUAAUUUAUUAAUUAGCAUGUGAAAAAACAAAAAUUAAUUAGGGAAUGCAGCGGUGUAGAGGAAAGAAAUGUGUUAGUGUUCUUCAAGAGUGAAAUACAGUGAGCAUUCAUGA